CCGCAGAGAAUGCCCGAGCAGUUGUUGCGGUCCAGGCUCUCCGCCUCGCCAAUGACCGUCUCUCCAUGUUGCACGUCCUUCAGUUCGGCGCGUGGCUCCUUAAACUGCCAUCACGGAUUCCGGUGUGGACGCAGCAGCAGAGGGAACCGGCCGCCUGCCCUCGAGCCGCGGGAUCGCGCUGUUCCGCACGCGCCGCCUGCGCGGACAGCACCGACAACUUCGUGCGCGAGACGGAGAUGGAGUGCCGAGUGCUGUCCAUCCAGAGUCACGUAGUGAGGGGCUACGUGGGCAACAAAUCAGCCUCGUUCCCUUUGCAGGUGAUGGGCUUUGAAGUGGACUCCAUCAACUCAGUACAGUUCUCCAAUCAUACAGGUUACGCGCACUGGAAAGGACAGGUCCUGACAGCAGAUGAGCUCCACGUGCUUUACGAAGGGAUCAAGCUCAACAACGUAAACCACUACGACUACGUCCUCACAGGUUACACCAGGGACACAUCUUUCCUGGAGAUGGUGGUCGACAUCAUACAGGAACUGAAGAGGGCUAAUCCUAGUCUUGUGUACGUGUGUGACCCUGUCCUGGGUGAUCAUGGUUCAAUGUAUGUGCCUCAGAAUCUAUAUCCGGUCUAUAAGGAUAAAGUUGUACCAGUGGCAGACAUCAUUACCCCGAACCAGUUUGAGGCAGAGCUCUUGACGGGCAAGAAUAUCAGCACAGAGAAAGACGCAGUAGAGGUAAUGGAUCUGCUUCAUAAUAUGGGUCCGGACACAGUGGUUAUCACCAGCUCUGAUCUGCCCCCUCGUCUUGGAGACCGUUUUCUAGUGUCUCUCGGGAGCCAACGCAUUGUGAUGCCAGACGGUACAUACUCGACCCAGCGGAUCCGGAUAGAGGUGCCCAAAGUGGACGCUGUGUUUGUGGGGACAGGUGACCUCUUCGCUGCCAUGUUGUUGGCCUGGACCCACCACUAUCCCACAGACCUGAAGACGGCGUGUGAGAAGACUUUUUCAGUCAUGCAUCACGUUAUUCAGAGGACCAUCUCCUAUGCUCAUGAGAUGGCAGGUCCUGGUAGAAGACCCAGCCCGGCCCAGCUGGAGUUACGAAUGGUUCAGAGCAAAGCAGACAUCGAGGAUCCAGCCAUUGUCAUGGAGGCCACUGUUCUAUAGAAACUCCACACACAUACACACACAUACACCCCUCCCCCAGCCCUCCGCCACAAUCGCACAAUGUAUAGAUGUUGUACAUUUUUUUUGAUCUGUAAUGUGACAUUGCCUUAGAAAUGAACAGAGCACAACAUUUCAUUGGGAGGGAGGAAUAGCAGGGUAUGGCAGUAGAGUAACGAGGAGGAGAGAACGCUGUGACGGAAGAGAGGGAAGAGAGGGCUUGAGAAAAAAAAAAAAAACCAGAAAAAUCUCUCUUUCUCUCUCUCUUUUGUAUUUUAUUUCUCUUCAUCCUUCUCUGCACUCGUCCCGAACCCCUGUUUGUCCUGCACAUUGAACUCGAUGGUCAAUGGAAUGGCCUGGGCAGAAGCAAUCAAGCGGCUGUUUAAUCAAACCCAGAGAAACUGCCAUUGCUGAAACUAGAGCCACAAAAAGAGGUUUAAAAAAACAACAAAAACAAAAUGUGGCCACUUAUUGGCAUCCUGAAAGCCAAUGGAUGUAUAUUUCUAGUUUAUUUAUGUUCCAGUUAAAAAUGGAAUAAUCGUGCUUUAUGUUUCUAAUAUUAAUAUAAUGGUUGUUGAGCUGUAGCCCAGCUUUAAGACUCGCAAGUACGAAUUUUGAGGUGCUCAGAUGUUUGUUUUUGCGUGAAGGAAUCCAGCUUACGGUAUCUGUAUGUCUGACAGUCUUACAUGGAUGUUUGGAUGUUUUCCGUGUCUUUUGCACACAAAAAAAAAACAGAUUCACUGCACUACGACAGCUGCUGCAUGAAUACAUAUUUUGUUGUCUUUUUUUAUUUUUCACUUUUUUGUUGUUGUUUUUCCAAAUCAUUGUGACUUCAUUAAAACCAUGUUUUUAUUUCUCAUGUUACUGUGAGUGUUUGAAAUGCAAGAUGCGAGGCAUUUCAGUGUAAUGUUUCUAAUAUUAACGGUCUUAAAUGUCAUUUGUCAUCUGAUUUCACGUUUAAAGAUUGUAUUUUACAAAGAUAUUAUGUGGGUUAUAAAUACUAAAAGUAUGUCUUUGUUCUAAUAGUAUUUAAUGUUUUUUUAUUAUAAUAGUAUUUUCAUAUCAUAUUAAAGGAGAGAGGGUUUAAAGGAAUUGUUUGGGAAGAAGUCAAAUUCACACAAUUAUACCAAAUAUAGUCAUAGUCAGCCCAGAAAUGUACCCUUAAAAUUCAGGCUUCAAAUUUUUGAACUAUUUUUAGCAAUACAAUAUCAAUAAUAGACAUAUUUUACAAGGUAUACAGUGUCACAAACUAAAUAAGCAAGUCCAUAUGAGAUUCCUGCACACAUCUAGAAAGUGUGAGGUAAGCUUAUCUUCAUAUAUUAGCCUCCAUUGCAGAACUAAAGAAGUCCAGAGAUGUGCUUGAUGCUUCUGUUGAACAGUAUGUCUUACAGUGUCAGUAACUAUAUAAGCACGUCAAUUGGAAGUCACUGUGUAAAUCUAGCUAGAAAGUCUGAGGUAGUUUGUAUGAUUUCAACUGACGACUAAUCAGAUUUACUGGUUGUUGGCUACAUUUAGCCUCACACAUUAGCCUCUAAACUAAAAAACACUAAAGAUAGACCAGAUAUGUUGGCUCCUAGUGUUGUCUGGUGUUUGCAGCCUUAAAAUUUGGGCUUCAAAAUAGUUGUAACCAUGCGAUGUACUCUUGUAGAUGUUUGUACCAGUAUAUCACAUGGUUUCAGGAACCAAAUUAGCUAGCAAGUCAAUAUGUGAUUACUGUAGUGUAAGGUUUGAGGAGGUGGUUGUGAUGCUAAUUGGUGUAUUAUCGACUUAUGUUGCUUGUUAGCUGUGUUAGUGUCACACAGCCUUAAUUGCAAAACUAAAAAAGCCCAGAGGUAUUGGCUCAUUUGUGCUUUAAACUAGAGUUUUUCUUCACUGAUUUUAGUUAUGUGAAAUAGUAUGUUCAAUGUUAAUAGAUGACAGUAUGUCAGUGUUAGAAACUAAAUUUGCAAGCCAAUUAGAUAAAGUCACUGUAGGAUUCUAGAUUAUAGGAUAAUAUAGGAUUAUAGAAUUAGCCUCCAUUGUAAAACUAAGGAAGAGAUUUUGGCUUGUUGGGUUUUUUAGAGUUUGCAGUCUUAAACCUGGGCUUUACAUGGCUGCUCUUAGUGUUUUUGGCUAUGUGAUGUACUUUGGUUAAUGUUUCUAGAUAACAGUAUGUCAUUAGGUUUCAGGAACUAAAUUACCUAGCUAAUCAACAUAGCUAGCAGAUUACUUUAGCUGCAAAUCUUGCUAAAAAGCUUCCUUUCUGCGUUAGCAUUAAUAGCCUUGUAUGUUAGAUAUCAGCCUUCAGUGGGAAACCAAAGAAGCAGCCUUAGGUUUUUUGGACAUUUGGAUUUUGCAGCCUUAGACACUAGGUUUUGGGCUUUAUAUAUGUGAUGUGUGUCUGUUGAUGUUGUUAGUGUUUAAGUUAAUGUAAAUGCUAAAAGGCUUCCAUUAGCUUCCCUUAAUUACUAGCUUUAAAACUAGCUAGAGAAGCUAAUUUAAAACACCAAACAUGUAUUGACUGAUCGAUUUGCCUUGGCUAACAAAUUUGGGCUAAAUGGAAAAUUGUGAAUUUGAUUCUUCUUGCUAGACUACUCCUUUAAUGGGAUUUUAGGUGGAGAUGGUUUUAAAUGCCUUGACUUGUAUUGUUUUGUAUCUGUGUCAGUCUGUUGAAUUCAUUGAAUCUUUCUUUCAUUACCCUCUCUUUCUCGCUCUCUUUAUCUUUCUCUCUCUCUCAUAAACACACCCAUUCUGUCUAUUCCUUUGAACUCCUUAUCUCGCUGGCUGACCUACCUGGAUAGACUUAUUUAAAUAUUAAUAAAGAGCAGAUGAAUCUCUUCUUUUCAUCUCUUGACUCCACCUACUCUAUUUCCUUCUGAUCCAGUCAUUCAUCGUAAUUGCUGCUGCCAUGUACGUAUGUGUGUAUAGCUGCUACAUCACACAUUUACACAUGGAUUUCCACCACUUGCUUCCACCAGUAAAUGGCCUUGUAACCAGUCAUGGUUUCUUUUCUUUUUCCGUUGCUGUUCUGCUUUUCAAUGUAUUCUCUUUCAUCCAUGGGAAGAUGACCUUUAGAAGCUUUUGGUCUUGAACAGAAAUAGUGCUCGUGUGCAGGACCAAUCAGGGGUCAGCGUUGCUCUGGGUGAUGUACUUCCUCCGCAGCUUUUCAUGAAGCAAUGAUUUGUUUAGUCUAUGUUCUAGUGAGUAUCUGUACAUCUGAGUAUGUGUAUAUGUGUGUAAGGGGGUGGGUGGAUUGUAUGUGUGUGUAUUUCUGUCCUUAGGUAAGAUGUGCCAUUGUAUUUGGGGUAUUUUUAGGGAAGUUUAAAACAAAAUGCUGAAAAAAAAAGCUCAUCAUGUUUCCUGAACUGACUUAUGCUCUGCUCACAACAGUUCUCUUUCGUAGCCUCGCUUGCUGGUUUGGAUCCACCUUACAUAACUUGUGUAUAACUCCCACAGUGACCAUUGAGAAAAUUACCUCUUUUAGUUUUGUAAUAGCUAUUAAACUUUUAGCUCAGGCAAGCUGGUGUCAUCUACAGCACUAAAACAGAAUCUUUUAGAACUAGAACUAGAAAGCUUAUACCUAUUUCACAGUAAAACUGUCAUUAUUCUUAGAAUGUUUAACAUAUUUAGCAUUUAGAUACCAAGAAAGACCAGGCAAGCCUAGUUUUGCCGGACCACAAUUGCAGGGCCCUGAUAAACAUCCCCCUAGUUAGUCACAAACCAUGUUCAUCACAUCACAUCUAAAAACAAGCUAACAGUGUGAAAUUAUAGUGGGCGAUUGUGGUGGCCAGCUGCUAACGCUGUUGUAGUGGUGUUGAGCGAUGAUGGCGGCUGGUGCGCUAACAAUAUUGUAGAGAUGCUGGACAAAACCAGUAGUCAGCACACUGCUAAUGUUGCUGUUGUUAAAGAUUUAUACAUAUGCAUCGGAACGUCGGGGCCACUGGAGGUGGAGAGCUGUGGUUUCACAAUCACAUUUAUACCACUGUAACAGUUUUUUCAAAUGAUCAUUUGACUUUUUUUUUGGAGCAUCCCUGAAAAAUAAGCACAGAGUAUGUUGUUAAAUUUCAUACUAGAGUCAAGGAUAGGAAAUACAGUUAUCACUGUUUUCGUUUAUCGCCAGACGUUACAAAAGAACACAUUUAUGAGCAGAGCAUAAAUUGACAAUACUGAAGGGCCUCAAUAGAUGUGCCCUGAGAUUGCUGACCUGAGAACAGCUCAGUGUUUUUUCUUUGCAUAGUUAACACUACUUUGUAAUAGAGAAACUGGUCCUAGAUCAGCGAAGAAUGGCAAUUUCUACACAAAGCCACUUUUGAAUGUUGGCAAAACUGUACGCUGCCUGCCUCCACAAGCAACCAGUCACUGCCAGUGUUUGUAGACAGUUGUAUGUGUCCUGAGGUGGGAUUCUGAGAAAAGGGAACUAUAGGGGUGUGUAUACAUGUGUAUGUGUGUAUGAGUGUGUGUGUGUAUGUGUGUCCGUCUUCUGGAAAGACAAGUGGCCCACCUUGAUAUACCCUGUGAGGUCCCCCCAAAAAAAGCUAAUUAUAAUAAUAAUAAAAGCGAUGCGGCUCGCUUUCUCAGUGGGCAACCGAAUAUUUUUGACUGUUAUCACAGUGACGUUUAGCACAUUCCCUGAGGGAAAUGUAGGGCGGAAGUUUUGGGGCGGACUACAACAUUUUUGUUUGUUUCUUGUACAUAGUGUAUGUAAUAAUGUAUAUUGGUCUGUGAAAUGUUGUGUGUUGUUGGUUGUAAGACUGUGUGUGGAGCAAAAGUGACCAAAUGUUACUUGUCUUUGAAGAGGUGAUGAGCUCCCCCUUGUGGAUUGGAGCUGAGGAGGUCUUAAGUGUUUUUUAGCAUCAUUGUACAAAGUGAUUAGUUAGGUUGCAAAAAAAAUAACAACAAAAAAAUACCCCUUCUUCACUGUUCCAUUAUCGCUAAUCUGUAGUUGCAAAGGGCGCAAGCAGUGUACAGGCUUUACGGCCUGCACAUUGUGUCACAAUAAUGCUGUAACUUUUGAUCCCGCUAGUUUUCUGAACUGGGGCCUAAACGGUUCUGGAGUAAAGAGGUGUAGUUAUAUUCAUUAGUAUAUGCCCAUUAAAAUCGAAUGUGGUUUCUAAGAAAUUUGACCUACAUCUGUGAUUGAGCACUAUACACUAGGUAGUGCACAAUUUCAAAAGUAUGCCAUUUUGUAGUGGUGUCCAAAACAUAGAAUACAGUACAAAGCAUACAGAAAAAUCCUUGUAACAUGAGUGUAUAGAAACUGUAACUUACUUUAAUAACAAAUUCUGUUCCCUAAUCUGUGUUCUACAUAGUGCUCCUAAGUAGUGAAUAGUGAUUAAGAAGCCAUUUUGAACACAGCCUAAUUUUCUUCUUUUGGAGUAAUGACAUUUAAGAUAAAAAAAUAGUUUCCAUUUGGACUUUGAACGUGACAAAAUGAACCACAUAUGUCAUAAAUAAAAUAUUUUAAAUAUAAUAUAGAAACUAAUGGAAACAUCUCAUUGUGUCUUGGUAUAUCAAAGUGACUCCAAUCUCCAUCCUCUAUCCAUAAGUAAACCUGUUGUAUGAACCACUGUGCUUGCUGUAGUAUCACACUUAUCAUUUAGAAAUUAAGUCGCUGUGGCAAGGAUCCCUAUGAGUGCACACUUCACAAGAUGGUAGCCAUCUGCCAAAUAUGUCAAAUGAUGUCAGCACUAAGCAGAAUGACCUGUUACGAGGGCAAUGGCCAGUGUCCCCACCUUAGCCUCAGUAACUCUUGUCUUUAGAAGAUCUACUAGUGUCAUGUCUGUGCUUUGUAUUCAUUUUAUUUUUAUUUUUCUGUUAUCUGAUUGAGUUUUUAAAAAACUAAAAAGUAUUAUUGUUUUAAUUUUGCCUUUGAUUUUUCAUUUCUUAAUGGGGACAAAAAAUAUAUAAUAAAAUGUUGUAAAUGUUUGGUAAAAGUUUAUAGUGCUUCGUUUUCUGGUUCUGAAUAUUUUUUAACAUGUUACAAUGAAGAUUGUAGUGUACAAAUCCACAUUUAUAAUAUAUCAAAUGUAUGUUAUGAUGCAAUAAAGAGAAAGUAAUGAUUAUAUUA